AUGAAACAAUCUAGUCGUAAUUCAAUUAAUAUUUCAUCACUUACAAUGGUUAAUAAUGAUAGUGUACAAGAAAAUGAUCUGAAAACAAUUACAAAUCCAGCUCAACGGAAAUUAACAAUGGAUGAAGAAAAUACACUUAAACAUGGUCUCCAUCAUGUAUUUCCAACAAGUAAAUUCGAUAAUUCUAGAUGUGUUUGUAACAUGAAAUAUGUAUAUGCAAAAUUAAUUAAUUUACGUACUGAUUAUCGUCAUUACAAACGAAAAAAUCCCAAGCAACAAAUCAAACAUAAACAAACAUCAGUUCAAUUAAAAGCUGCUGGGCAAUUAGGUUCAUUAGCUAAUUCAUUUCGAAAGAAAGCAGAAUAG